CUCUCACUUCUGACUAUCUCUCCCAAUCUCUCACGCCUCUAUCAUUCCCUUCCAAACUCAUCCCCAAAUUUUCUCUCAUGAAUCCAUCUAAAUAUCCCCCGUGUCAAAUAUCUCUCUCAUACCUAGCCCUCUCUCACGCCUCUCUAUAUCGCUGCCCUCUUCUACGAAGCACUACCACUACCGUGACCAUUGUCAACAACAGCCAACACUUGCCCAGCUUGCUAAUAUGGGUCUCUUUAAUAUAUGAGCAGUCCAAGGAAGAUUAUGGGCAAGUCGAUUCGUAGCCUUGGAACAGCUCGAGAACAUGGACUCCAUGUCGAUUCGCUUAACUCGGAUCGGACUGAGUUGUUCCUCAGUGCGAUACUCAAUUUGUCUCCACAGCCAGAGCUACCAAAGACCAGUUGUCAGAUAACCAUCGGACUCACCAUCGAGGCAUCACGCGUUAUUGGAACUGGGACUUUAGGGUGUGGGAGUGCAAUUGUGGAAGAAGAGGACUUUAUAGCUAAGAACACCACUUUUGAGAAUUCAACACCUGAGGGUUCAGGUCAGGUUGUGGCAAUUACAGUGACUGCAGAUCGUUCUACAUUUUAUAAUUGCAGAUUUCUUGGGUGGCAGGUAUACUCACUGCUAUUAGUCAAUGGUAGAAAAUAUGAUAUUCCUUUAAGUUUGGAUGUUGUAUGAAAUCUCCAAUUAAUUGAAUUCCGCAGCAGACACUUUAACAUUUAGUAGGAACGAGGAAAAUGAAACCUUAUAAUAUUUGUAAAAGUCUGAAAUAUUUCAUUCAACAUUAAGUUUGAGACUUUUCAGCAACAUCAAUUUCGAGAUGUAUUGUUCUUGCAUAACCAAAUCUAGAAAUUUGAAUGCAUUUGUGAACCUAUUUUUAUUAUGUAGAUGGUUGCAUUUGUGGGCAGUUUUUUGUUUGAGAUAUUUAUUACAUGGGUGGAUUGAGUUUAUAAUUAUGUUUUGUUAU